AUGGCUGCCAGUGUUGCUAAGAAGCGGAAGUACAAUGAUGAAUACAUAAACUACGGAUUUACAUCAAUCCUCGCUGAUGGCAUCGAAAAACCUCAGUGUGUGUUGUGUUUCAAAGUGCUGGGGAACGAUUCCAUGAGGCCUAGUAAGCUGAACCAUCAUCUGACGAUAAUCCACACCCAGUAUGCGGAGAGAGAUCCCGAUUUCUUCAAGCGCCAUGAACGGAGUUUGGGAAAACAGAGAGUGGAUGAGAGUGGUGCCUUCCAACAACAGAACUUAAGUGUAGUUGAGGCAUCAUAUGUGGUUUCCAUUGAAAUAGCAAAGAAGAAGAAGAUGGCCUACACGAUUGGUGAAACUUUAAUUCAGCCGUGUGCUUUUAAGAUGGUCAGGCGGGUUCUUGGAGAGGCAAGUGAAUGCAAGAUUCAGCAGAUUUCCUUUUCAGACGACACGGUGAAACAGAGAAUUAGUGAAAUGUCACAUUAUAUCAUGGAACAAGUGAUACAGGAGAUUAAAUCGUCUCCAACUGGUAUGUUUGCAAUACAGUUGAAUGAGUCAACGGAUGUGAGUUCUUGUGCACAGUAA